UUUUACUCUUUCCCCUCCAGAGACUACGCAGAUGGAAAUGGCAGCAGAAAAUCGCUCCUCAGUGACUGAGUUCAUCCUUGCUGGGCUAACAGAGCAUCCAGGACUCCAGCUGCCCCUUUUCCUCCUCUUCCUAGGAAUCUGUGUGGUCACGGUGGUGGGGAACAUCUGCAUGAUCAUACUGAUUGGGCUCAGUCCUCGCCUGCACACCCCCAUGUACUAUUUCCUAAGCAGCUUGUCCUUCAUUGACCUCUGUCAGUCCACUGUCAUUACCCCCAGAAUGCUGGUGAACUUUGUUACAGAGAAGAAUAUCAUCUCCUACCCUGAAUGCAUGACUCAGCUCUUUUUCUUUCUUGUUUUUAUAAUUGCAGAGUGUUACCUGUUGGCUGCAAUGGCAUAUGACCGCUAUGUUGCCAUCUGUAGCCCCGUGCUCUAUAAUUCCAUCAUGUCACAUCAGGCCUGUUCCUCCCUCAUUUUGGGAGUGUAUACGAUGGGACUGGUAUGUGCAUUCUCUCACACAGGCUGCAUGCUUAGGGUUCAUUUCUGCAAAUUAGAUGUGAUCAACCAUUAUUUCUGUGAUCUUCUGCCCCUCCUAAAGCUCUCCUGCUCUAGCACCUAUGUCAACGAACUACUGGUUCUAUGCUUUGGUGCACUUAACAUCUUUGCCCCCAUCCUGACCAUCCUCAGCUCCUACAUCUUCAUCAUCUCCAGCAUCCUCCACAUUCGUUCCACGGAGGGCAGGUCCAAAGCCUUCAGCACAUGCAGCUCCCACAUCUCAGCUGUUGCUAUUUUCUAUGGAUCUGAAGCAUUUAUGUACCUGCAGCCAUCAUCUGUGAGCUCCAUGGACCAAGGGAAAGUGUCCUCUGUGUUUUAUACUAUUGUUGUGCCAUUGCUGAAUCCCCUGAUCUACAGCCUCAGGAAUAAAGAUGUCAAUGUUGCCCUGAAGAAAAUGCUUAAGAGAAGAAUAUUUUUGUGA